UCAAUGGUUAGGAGGAUUAUUCGGGAUCUUCCAUUCGGAGGCUCUAGCAUCUCUCAUCAUCUCGCUCUUUAAUUUCUUUCUGCCUCCUUCGUGGGGUUUCGUUUUGUUUCGAUUCUCGUUCUGUAGGGUUUUGUCAUCCCUUUUCGAUCCCCAAUUACCCUUUUCUUUGAUCAUUCAGUGUUUUCUUCUCUUUCACUUCCUAUUUCGAUUUCCUCGUUAGGUUUUUCCUUGGAACCCUUAAUCUCGCAAAACCAGCGGUUCAAUUCAGUGUUCCCUACAAUCUAGGGUUUCGUUUCGAAAAUGCCUCCGAAGACGGCGAAGCGAGGGUCCGCGUCGAGCGCCUCGAAGAGGGGUGGCAGAGGUGGCAGGGGAACCCCGAAGGCUGCACAGAACCAACAGCAGCAUGAAACUGCGGAGGAGACAGUGAAGGUUGAAGAGAAACAACAACCCGUGGUUGUUGUUGCUGCUGAGGAGGAACAGCAGAAGGUGGUGGUGGAAAAAGAGAUUCCUGCUGUUGAAGAGAACGAGUCCGCUGUGGUUAUUGAGGAUAAGGCUAUUGACAUGAAUCAAAUGGCUCCGGAGGCUGUGGAAGAAACGUCCCAUGCGGCUAGUGGGUUGAGCUUGGUGAAAAAUGAUGAAGAGGAGGUUAAGGAGUCCAUAGAUGAAUAUGAGAAAGAUGAACGCUUAGAUUUGGAGGAUAAUGAUCCUGAGUAUGAACCUGAGGAGUAUGGUGGAGUUGAUUAUGAUGAGAAGGAAAUUGAACAAGAUGAGGGUCAUGAGGUAGGAAAUGAAGUAGAGGAAGAAGAGGCUGAAGAUAAUGUAGGUGAAGAAGAGGGUGAUACAGGUGAGGAAGAAGUCGAAGAUGUUCAUGACGAACUUGAGGGUGAAGAGGAGCAUGAGCAUGCUGGUGAGGAGCGUGAGCAUCCAGACUUUGCUGACGUUGAGGAAGAGGAACACCGAGAAGUCGUGAAGGAGAGGCAAAAGCGGAAAGAAUUUGAAGUUUUUGUUGGGGGCUUGGACAAGGAUGCUACUGAGAGUGAUCUGAGGAAGGCUUUUGGUGAAGUUGGGGUGGUUACAGAGGUCAGGUUGAUGAUGAACCCUCAAACUAAAAAGAACAAGGGAUUUGCAUUCUUGCGUUUUGAAACUGUGGAACAAGCAAAACGAGCUGUAGCAGAGCUAAAAAAUCCAGUGAUUAAUGGCAAACAAUGUGGUGUGACUCCUAGUCAGGACAGUGAUACCCUCUAUUUGGGAAACAUAUGCAAGACAUGGACAAAGGAAGCUUUAAAAGAGAAGUUGAAGCAUUAUGGAGUCACCAAUGUUGAGGAUUUAACUUUGGUAGAAGAUACUAAUGAUGAAGGAAAGAACCGUGGAUUUGCGUUUUUGGAAUUUCCUUCUCGUUCUGAAGCUAUGGAUGCCUUUAAGCGACUGCAGAGGAGGGAUGUUGUAUUUGGAGUUGAUAAGCCUGCAAAAGUUUCUUUUGCAGAUUCCUUUAUUGAUCCGGGUGAUGAAAUUAUGGCGCAGGUUAAAACUGUGUUUAUUGAUGCAUUGCCUCCUUCAUGGGAUGAAGAUUAUGUCCGGGAUCUUCUCAGGAAAUAUGGUGAGAUUGAAAAGAUUGAGCUUGCCAGGAACAUGCCAGCUGCUCGGAGGAAGGACUACGGGUUUGUGACAUUUGGCUCACAUGAUGCUGCCGUAAAAUGUGCUGAUAGUAUUACAGGCACAGAGUUGGGUGAGGGAGACAAGAAGGCAAAAGUUAGAGCAAGGUUGUCUAGACCACUCCAGAGAGGCCGCGGAAAACACAUUAGUCGUGGGGACUAUCGUUCUAGUCGGGGAUCUGGAAUGAUGACGCGGCCUUCAUGGAGCCGACCUGCACCUCGUUCUUUUCCUUCUCGUAGUGUAAGAGGAGUUGGAAGUCGUGCUCCACCUGUCAGACCAGUUAGUGUGAGAGAUAGACGCCCUAUGAUGUCCAUACCUGCAAGAAGUAGGCCAGUGCCUCCUCCAUCUAGAUCUUAUGAUAGGAGACCAGUUGCUCCUGCAUAUCCAAAAAGUAGCAUGAAGAGAGAUUAUGGUCGGCGUGAGGAUAUACCACCUCCAAGAAGUAGAGUUGCUGUAGAUUAUGGCUCAAGGGUUGCUUCUGAAAGACGAACAUCUUACAGGGAUUAUCCUGCUCGUGGUCCUGGCUACACCGAGCUCCCUAGAAGCACAUCUCGUGCUGCACCAAGGAGAGGCUAUGUGGAUGAUGGGUAUGGCCAGAGAUUUGAGAGGGCUCCUCCUCCUCCUCCUCCUCCCCAUCUAAGUUACCGUGAAGGACGUCCCCGAGAUUAUGAUGCUCUGUCUGGCUCAAAACGUUCUUAUGCUGCUAUAGAUGAUGUUCCUCCACGAUAUGCUGAUACUGGUGCUCGCCAAUCAAGAGCUCGACUGGACUAUGACUAUGGCGGUAGUGCUUCACAGUAUGGAGAUGCUUAUGGUGAUAGACUUGGAAGAUCUAGUAUGGGAUAUGGUGGUGGCAGCAGAAGUUCUAUUUCCAGUCAAGAUUCACAUGGGUUGUAUAGCAGUCGGCAGGGCAUGAGUUAUGGAGGAGGUUCUUUUGGUAGUGGUGAUGUUGGUGGCAUGUAUUCAUCAAGUUAUGGUGGUGAUUACAUUUCUCGUGGAAGUGAUGUUGGUGGCAGCUCAUAUUCAUCAAUGUAUUCUGGAAGGGGUGUGGGUGGUGGUAGCAGUUAUAUGGGUGGUGGCGGAUCAGGAUCUUAUUAUUGAGAUCUGAUAUGAUAAAGUGGCUGCUGUAGGAUGACUGUUGAAGCAUGAUGCCUACAAUUUGGAGACAAAGGAUUGCUAUUUAUAGUUUGUUUUUUGGAAAUUAUCACAAAAUCUAGCUUACAUUUCUGGUGGUGCUUACAUUUCUGGAUGGGAUGUAUUAUCAGUACUUGAAUUUAUGCUGUAUGGACUCAAGUUAAUUAAAGACGGAAAAAGUAUUGAGCAGUGAUGUGUAAUUAAUAUCAUACUUGGACGGAUAAUGUGAAAGAUUUCCCACUGUUCUAUCUUCCUUUUCAUUUGGACAGAGAUCAGGCUAGAGAUGCUACUUGUUUGAUUAAGGCUUCUUGGAUUUUUACCUCCUGAAUUUAUCAGUAAGUUGGUUCUUUAUUUUGAAUCUCUAAGAGAUGUUUAGUUACUUUGGAUGGAUUACUUGUUUUUUACAGUGAUAUGAUCAGAACAGAAGUGAACUAUUUAGCCCUUUGUUGAGAUAGUAUUAAUAAGAGCACUACUUCAGCAAUUAAUAAAGUCAAAUGAUUAGUUUUUUGGGAUUUAUUUGACUUGGUGCCUUUCUAAGAUGGUAAAAAGCACAAUGCACUGGUAAUAUUUGUUGCUGGAAUGAUUUGAUAUUGCAAUUCAAUCAUUUGUACACAAUUGGUUGACCUCCGCUGACUUGGACCUUAGAAGAUCAAUUGCCUUUGCAAUAUCUUGGGGAAAUGCAACAAUCAAGUGAUUAACAGAUUAGCAGAAAAGGGUUGAGUAUAAUCUGUUACUGAAAGUUUCUGAAUUGGAAUUUAAUUAUUAAAAGUUGGUUCUUUUUGUGCCUGGUUUUACCACCGUCCCUGCUUAAUAUAGCGAAUCCCUAACCCGAAGGCAAAGGUUGCCGAAGUUUAUGCUUGUGUGGAUUUGAUAUUGAUUUCAUGUUUAAGUGGGUGUCUCCUAUUACCAUACAAUGUUUAUUGAGUUUCAAAUACAUUACUAUUUUCAUUUGGCUCUAAAGGCACUGGAAGCUAUUGCCUAUGGAAUGGGGUAUCAAUUAUGUCUUGUUGGUGGGCUCGUUUAAGACUACAAAGCUUUUAGGAUUUAUGAAUUUUGCUAAAUUAGGUGCUUUUACAUAUCUAAAUUUCUCAUGCAUAUAACUCAGAUUUUAGAUUAUUGUUGCAUUAAUAUUCUCAGGUUCUUAGGCUUUUCAAAUUGUUAAUCUUACAAGUGAUUAGGUGCCAACUUGUGUUUCGAUUCUCAUCGUUCCCGGGUUUCAUUUAAUUAUUCUUCACUCGGUGAGGGUUAUAUACUAACUUAAGUUUUAGUUUCCAGUUUGUUCUCUCUUGGUGCAGGGUCUAAACUCUCAUUAAGCCUUUUUUUUGUAACUCCCUUUAUAUACAAUAUGGAAGUUUACCUUAUAUUUUUUGGUAUCUUGUUUUAUUUAGUUAGAUGCUGUCACAGGAUUUUGUAAAUCAAUGUUUUGUGGAUUGGUUCAUGCAUGACAUUGUAAAUACUGGGCAAAGUAACAUGUUGCUUCA